ACCUUUUAAAGUCUCUUCAAUCUCCUGGACCAGAGGGGCAAUCCCGUCCUUAUCCCGAAUUCUCGUCCCAUCCCCGCUCGGAGCAGGAAUAAAAAAAUCCCCGCUCGGCGGCAGCUCCAAGCGUCGCGUCAAAUGAGACAAACGAAGAAAAAUUAAAUAAGACAAAGCGAUGAAAGUCCCCACCACUUGAGGCUUUUUAUCUCUUCCCUCUUUUAGAAAUCCGUUGCCUAGACUGGAAUAAUAGAAUAACUUGUUAGCAACAAUUUUAUUUUUAACUCGAGAGAAAAAGUUUGAACGGAAGGGAGCGAAGGGAAGCAAGAAACCGUGGUGGUACCAGGGCGCAGCGAGAACCAGAGGACGAGGCGAUGUGCCGGCGGAGCACCAGACCACCGCUCACCUAUACCGCCGCCGCCGGAGAGACCCGCCUCAGUCCUAGAUGCAUCAGCAGAGCCCCCAACGCCGCCUGUCGAGCUGGCCUGACUUCUGGUUCGGCGACAAGCCCCUCAAGCAUGUGGUCCUCAAGAUGCAGCUCGGAGACCAAAUCCUGACCCUAGAGCCCUUCCCCGCCGGAAUCCCGGCCUCGAUGCCGCCGCCACCAGCGGGCGGCCCCGACCUCACCGCCCUCCUCUCCGACGAGCUUCUCCUCCGUAUCCUUGCCGCCCUCCCCGACCCCCUCCAUAGCCCUGCCUCCCUGGUCUGCAAGCGAUGGCUCCGCCUCCUCGGUCGCCUCCGCCGCUCCCUCACCCUUCUUGACUGGCCCUUCCUCUACCACCGCCUCCCCCUCCGCUUCCCCGACCUCACUGACGUCGACCUCGUCCCCGCAUCCUUCGCCUCCCCUUCCUCCUGCACCGCCACCGGCGGCGGCGUCCUCACCCGCGGCCUGGUUUCCGUCCGCAUGGACCCCCAUGCGGAGCCCCCCAUCGGCGGGUGCCGCUUCCUCCCCACCGAUGUCAUCGACCGCGGGCUCGAGGCCCUCGCCCGCGGCUGUGCGGGCCUCCGGAAGCUCGCCCUCGUUUCCGCCGCCUCCGAGUCCUCCCUCCUGACGGUCGCCGGCGAGUGCGCCACCCUCCAGGAGUUGGAGCUCCACCGGUGCACCGAUCUCGCCCUUGGCCCCAUCUCCGCCUUCAAGAACCUCCAGAUCCUGCGGCUGGUGGGGUCCGUGGAGGGCCUCUAUGGUGGGCCCGGGGUCACCGACAUCGGGCUUACCAUCCUGGCCAAUGGGUGCAAGCGGCUGGUGAAGCUGGAGCUCAGCGGCUGCGAGGGGAGCUAUGAUGGGAUCUCGGCAGUCGGGCGGUGCUGCCUGAUGCUGGAGGAGCUGACGAUCUGCGAUCACCGGAUGGAUGGCGGGUGGAUGGCGGCGCUGUCCUUCUGUGAGAACCUCAAGACUCUGAGGUUGCAGAGCUGCAAGAAGAUUGACACUGAUCCGGGGCCUGAGGAGCACCUGGGGUCGUGCCCAACGAUCGAGCGGCUACAAUUGCAGCGGUGCCAGCUGCGAGAUAAGAGAAGCUUGCACGCGCUGUUUAUGGUGUGUGAGUCGGUCAGGGAGAUCAUGUUUCAGGAUUGCUGGGGACUGGACGAUGAAAUGUUCAGGAUCACGAGCAUCGGCAGAGGAAUAAGAUUACUAGGAGCAGGAAGCUUGGUGUUAUUCAGGGUUGGGGUAACUGAAAAUAUUAUGUGGGUGAAAUUUCUAUCAUUGGAGGGAUGCUCCUUGUUAACUACAGAAGGUCUGGAGUUGGUAAUCUUGUCUUGGAAGGAUUUGCAAAGACUUGUAGUUAUUUCGUGCAAUAAAGUGAAGGAUGAUGAAGUCACCCCUGCCCUGGCAAGCUUAUUCUCUGUGCUUAAAGAGUUGAAGUGGAGGCCUGAUUCUAAAUCUGUCCUUGACAUGAACCUUGCUGGGACAGGAAUGGGAAAGAAGGGUGCAAGAUUUUUCAGAAAGCAGUUUCUGCAAGGACGACAACAUUUAAAAGGGAAGGCAGAAGAGAAUCCAUGAGAAAGCACAAGCAAUAGACACAGUUGUCCCUGACUGUCAUGCUGAUCCACCAAUUCUGUUCGUGUACAAAGAAGGGCAGGAAAUUUCCUCUUGAUGCACCACUAUCUGAACUGUGCCAUUUUAUGCUUUGUUAUAAAAAUUAAUUCCCGUGCGGUGUCUCGAGCCGCGUGCGCGCUUGCCAGCGGGCGCUUAUUGGCGUCCGCUGGAACUUACGUGGGCACGCGCCAGCGGGCGCGCACUGGCGCUUGCUAGCGCACACUGUUGCCAGCAUCCGCGGGCGCUGGCCAACCGCGUCCGCUGGCCACGAGAUGACCACGGACGCAUCAACAAAAAUUACCUAAAUGCUCCUGCCCAAAAUCCUAUAAAUACCUCUUGUUUUUCCUCCCUUCGGACACGAAAAAAUAGAGAAAAAUACUAAAAAAAUUCUGGAGAAAAGUUCUUUCUCCUCUUAGUCACUUUUGAUUUUUAUUUUUGUAAUUUUGUUCCCCAAAGUUUAUUUUAUUCUUUUUAUUUCGUUCUUCGCUAGAUCUGUAAGUCCGAUCGGAUUCGAUUUGGUUUUUUUCGAAACGUAUCGAAAAAGAAAUUUAGAGUCGUCGUAUCUCUGAUAAGAAUUGCCGGAAGAUCCGUACGUGGGGCAAACAUUUCUAUAUAUAUUAUUCAUGUUAAGUUUUUCUAUUAAUUGCAAUUAUAGCUUGAUUUGCUUAUUUAGGUGAUGUAUUGCUAACAAUCCAAAGAAGUGUUUGCCCCUACGUACGGAUCUCUUGGCAAUCCUUCUCAGAGAUACGAUGAUCCUAAACUUCUUCUUCGGUACGUCUCGGAAGAAGCCAAAUCGAACCUGAUCGGAUUUGCAGAUCUAGCAAAGAACGAAAUAAAAAGAAUAAAAUAAACUUUGCUGAACAAAAUUGCAAAAAUAAAAACCAGAAGUGGCUAAGAGGAGGAAGAACUUUUCUCCAAAUUUUUUUUCUAUUUUUUCGUGUGCCAAAAGAAGAAAAAAUGAAAGGUAUUUAUAGAAUUUUGGGCAGAGGCAUUUAGGUAAUUUUUGCAGACGCGUCGGCGGUCAUCUCGCGGCUAGCGGACGUGGUUGGCUAGCGCCCGCGGAUGCUGGCAACAGCGUGCGCUUGCUGGCGUGUGUCCAUGUAAGUCCCAACGGGCGCUAAUGGGCGCCCGUUGGCGGGCACGCACGCGGCCUAAGUCUCUGCAUGUGCAUUAAUUUUUCCAACAUGCUUCGCAUGGGUAUCAGCUUUUUGGCAUGUGCUUUAACGGGGAUUAAUGCUCCACUAUCACUUGCAACUAAGAAGUUCAAGGUUCAUUAGCAUGUUGGUAUCAGCUUUUUGGCAUGUGCUUUUACGGGGAUUAAUGCUCCACCGUCACUUGCAACUAAGAAGUUCAAGGGCAAAUGACCAUUUCAAGUCCCCAUCACUUACAAAGAGGCAGUUCAAGGGACACUAGAUAUAUCAAACGCAUUGGUCAACUUUCCUCUUCUAAGACCUCUGAUUCCACAGGCAUCUGACCUACAUAUCUGCAAUAAUGCCAUGCUAUUUCUUGAACUGAAAAGAGGCACAUCUGCGGCAUCCCCGCUGCUCCAUGCUCGUUCUCUAUAAUGUUAUCCUUUGUUGCUAACAUCUCUUUUGUUUAUCAAAUGGACCUUGAAUGGAUAUUUGGAAAAGCUUUUCUGAAUGCUGAUGGGAAAAAAAUCAAUCCGUGAAAAGAAAUACAGAGAAUUUUCUAUAUCAGACCCUACUCUUGUUUGAUUUACGAUUCUCAUUUAUCUUUUGUAUAUGGGAGCAUACGAAUUAUGCAAUAGUUUACUGCAUUCUGAAGCAA